AUGCGUCAAGAGCGGGAUGCGCAGCUCUUCCCCGCCGACAACUGCUCGCGGCAAGCGACCGCGGUCAGCAGCGCCGCCGCUUCGGCGCAAGCGGUGACGCCCCAGAUGCGCUGCAUCGUCGCCAGCUGGCUGUCCGAGGUCGCGGCGGAGUUCCGCCUGCAGCAGGAGACGCUGUUUUUGGCGGUGCGGCUUCUUGACAGGUUCCAGGCCGUCUCCCCAGCGGGAGUGCCGCGCAAUGUACUGCAGCUGGUGGCGGUGGCCUGCAUGAUGGUGGCGUCGAAGCAGGAUGAGGUGUCGCACCCCUCGGUCGACGACUUCACCGAAAUCGCGGCCGACGCGUUUCAGCGAGACGACCUGCUGCGCAUGGAGCGCCUGCUGCUCGAUCAGCUUGAGUGGCGGGUGCAGCUGCCCACCGCCUACACCUUCCUGCACGUGUUCGCUCAGGCGCUGUCGGGCCGCCUGUCGCGCCGCGCCAUUGCGCUGUCUGCAUACCUUUCGGAGGUCUCCCUCUUGGACCACUUGCUGGCCGCCACCCCGCCCAGCCUCGUCGCCGCCGCGGCGCUCGCCGUGGCGGCGGCGUGGCACGGCGGGGGCGGCGGCGGCGACGUCGUGGCGGCGCUGCGCGCGGCGACGGGGUACUCGGCCGCCGAGCUGGCGCCCGUCGCGGCGCGCCUGCUGCACCUCCUGCACUGCGCCGGCGCGGCGGACGCGGCGCCGGCGCACCAGCCGCUCGUGUUUGUGCGCGAGAAGUACGCACACGAGUCGUGGCUGUGCAUCAGCCGGCAGGACGCGGCCGGCGCGGCCGCCACCGCAGCCGCGCUAGGCCUGAGCCUGGGCACCGCCGUCGGCGCGGGCCUCCCCUACCAGCCGCACCCGGUGGCGCCGCAAUGGCAUGCGCAGCCCGCCGUCGUCGCGGCGUGA